CACUCGUUCGCUCAUCUUCCUAAGCACCUCUUCCAAAUUAGAAAGGCACCAGGCUGAAAGUAGCAGCAUUGUCUUCCUCAAAGCCACACGGAGAGUUUUCAUUAAAAAAAACUGGAGGGAUCCAUUGGAGACAAUAUGCCUUUCUACCAACCACUUUAUGAAUGGGAGAGAUCCUUACCACCACCAUACUUUCGUUUAAAGAUGUCAUGGCGCCCACAGUAUCGGUGCUCCAAAUUUCGGAAUGUGUACGGGAAAGUGGCGAGCCGAGAGAACUGUUACGAUUGUAUACCCAUAACUAAGAACGUACACGACAACCACUUCUGUGCUGUCAACCCUAAGUUCCUGGCAAUUGUCACCGAAAGUGCAGGAGGGGGUUCAUUCCUUGUAAUUCCUUUGCACCAGACUGGCCGCAUUGAACCUAAUUACAGUAAAGUGUGUGGACACCAAGGCACUGUUUUGGACAUUAAGUGGAACCCAUUCAUUGAGAAUAUCAUUGCAUCCUGCUCUGAAGACACCUCGGUGAGGAUAUGGGAAAUACCAGAUGGUGGAUUGAAGCGGAACAUGACAGAGGCUGUCCUGGAGUUAUACGGACACAGCCGGAGAGUGGGGCUAAUAGAAUGGCACCCAACAGCUAUCAACAUUCUCUUCAGUGCUGGUUAUGACUAUAAGAUCUUGAUCUGGAAUCUGGAUGUCGGGGAAGCAGUGAAGAUGAUAGACUGUCACACAGAUGUCAUCCUCUGUAUGUCUUUUAACACGGAUGGGAGUCUGUUGGCCACCACGUGUAAGGACAAAAAGUUACGUGUUCUAGAACCUCGCUCAGGGCGUGUCCUGCAGGAAGCCACUUGUAAGAAUCAUAAGGUGUUACGGGUUGUUUUCCUUGGGGAUAUGAAACGUCUUCUCACAACAGGUGUCUCCAAAUGGAACACAAGGCAGAUAGCAUUGUGGGACCAAGAGGAUCUGUCCAUGCCUGUGACUGAAGAGGAAAUAGAUGGCCUUUCUGGGAUGUUAUUCCCCUUUUAUGAUGUAGAUACACAUAUGUUGUACUUGGCUGGAAAGGGAGAUGGUAACAUUCGCUAUUAUGAGAUCACAGCAGAGAAGCCAUACCUAGUGUUUCUAAUGGAAUUCCGCUCUCCUGCCCCCCAGAAAGGGUUAGGGGUGAUGCCAAAACAUGGGUUGGAUGUGUCGGCAUGUGAGAUUUUUCGAUUCUAUAAACUCAUCACCUUGAAGAACCAGAUAGAGCCAAUAUCCAUGAUUGUUCCUAGAAGGUCAGAAAACUACCAAGAAGACAUUUAUCCAAUGACUUCAGGCACAGAACCAGCACUGAGCCCAGAAGAGUGGCUGCGUGGAGUCAACAAAGGCCCAGUUCUGAUGAGCCUGAAGGAGGGUUAUAGGAAAGAGAACAAUGCCGUAUUUAAAGCCCCAGUGAAAGAGAAGAGGAGUUUAGUGGUGAAUGGAAUUGAUCUGCUUGAGAAUGUUCCACCUCGAACUGAGAAUGAGCUGCUCCGCAUGUUCUUCAGGCAGCAAGAAGAAAUCCGGCGCUUGAAGGAACAGCUGAGCCAAAGAGAUCUUCUUUGUCGACAGUUGGAGCUGGAGCUCAGAAAUCUGAGGAACAACCCUAAGGACAAGGACAGCUAGCUGAUUCCUACUCAUGGACAUUUUCCAUUGGCCUUAGGACAGUCAACGGCUUGUGCUCUUGCCUUCUGGGGUGGUCUUUGUUUAUAAAUGUACUAACUACCCAUGUAUUACCUCUUUGUGGUAGUCAAGGAAACUGGGUUUAGAUCUGCACUAUGCUGUAUAUCUCCAAAUGCAAUUAGACCUUCAGUAUGUCCCCUGAGCUUAAACAUCUAUAUUAACUUUCUGCAUUCCUUCUCCUCUGCUUGGAAAUCUGUCCAACACCAAGACAGGCUCCAUGCUUCUAAUACAUGCAGCUCCACCAGAAUACAUGCAUUUAUUGUCUUAGACUUUCAUAUCUGGAGGAGAUAGAUCUGCUCAAGAGGGGAAGAAAGGGGGCAUGCUGGAUGAGAGAGCUUUCUGAGACCUAUGUGACCUAUCUUUAAAGGGAUACUGUCAU